AUGGAUCUGGGCCAAGACAACGGGCCCACUCAUUCCUGGACUCUGCUUGUGAGGGAAGAUGGCAGCUCCAUAUCCUUCACUGACGCAGAUGAUGUGGCUAUUUUGACCCAUGUGAAGGAAAAUGCCCGCUCGACCAGCUCCAUCAUGAGCAACGCCUUGUGGAAAGCGAUGGAGAAAAGCUCGCUCACGCAGCACGCGUGGGAGUCCCUGAAGGACCGCUUCUUAAAGCACCUGUGGGGCCCUAGCCAGUUUGGCUCAGUAGAUAGAGUCCUGUCCUCCCUGAAACUCAAGCAGAAAGCUGAGGAAGACCUGGAGGCUGCCGAUAGCGGGGAACCACAGAAUAAGAGAACUCCCGACUUGCCUGAAGAAGAAGAGGAAGAAGAAGGAGAAGAAGAGGAAAGAGGAGGAGAAGGAGGAGGAGGAGGAAGAGGAGGAGGAGAAUUUGUAGAGGAAGAGAUCAAGGAGAAUGAAGAAGCAGUCAAAAAGAUGCUUAUGGAAGCCACCCGGCACUUUGAGGAGGUUGUGGUGGAGGAUUUUGAAAUACACAUAACAAUGUGUGAUGAUGAUCCACCCACACCUGAGGAAGACUCAAAAACACAGUUUUAUGAGGAAGAAGAAGAAAAAGUUUCUCCACCAGAAGUGGGAACUGCCAUUAAGAUCAUCCAGCAGUUAAUGGAAAAGUUUAACUUGGAUCUAUCAACAGUUACACAGGACUCCCUAAAAUAUAGUGGUGAGCUGGAGGCUACUACCUCCUUUUUAGAGUCUGGUCACAGGGCUGAUGGGUAUCCCAUUUGGUCCCAACAGGAUGACUUAGAUUUGAAAAAACUUGAUGAGGGAUCUGACAUUGGUCAAAAAUUUGGUGCUCAGAAUGUAACUCAGAGAAUUUAUUUCCAAAAGAAAUAA